AUGGCCAGCAAUCGAAUGCGACGCAUUGGCAAGGAACUGGCCGACAUCCAUGCCGACACCAAGUCUCAGAUUACGGCUGCGCCCGUCAACGAACAAGAGGACAUAACACACCUGCGCGGUUCUUUUCCGGGACCCCCAGGUACGCCUUAUGAGGGCGGUACAUACAACAUCGACAUCAAGAUCCCAACCGACUACCCUUUCCGGCCUCCUGUUAUGAAGUUCGAGACCAAAGUCUGGCACCCAAAUGUCAGCAGUCAGACCGGUGCUAUUUGCCUUGAUACUCUUUCCAGUGCUUGGUCGCCUGUCCUCACCAUCAAAUCCGCACUGCUUUCCUUGCAAUCCUUGCUCAGCACACCGGAGCCGAAGGACCCACAAGAUGCCGAAGUGGCCAACAUGCUUCUGAGGACACCAAAAGAAUUCGACCGUGUUGCGCGACAAUGGGCUACGAUCUAUGCUGGUGCCCCCUCGAGCGGUAUUGAGAACGGUGGUCAAGAUGAACCAGAGGCUGUUCACGAUAAUUUAGCUCAAUAUGACGGAUAUAACAAAGAAUUGGUCGAUCGAUUUGGCAGUAUGGGUUUCGAUGUGGCUCGGGUUGUAUCAGCGUUCCGAGAUGUUGGAAUCGAUCGGAAUGGAGGCAUGGAUGCUGAGCUGUCAGCAGGUCAAAUGGGCGACAUCACUAACCGCCUGCUUGGAGAGUAG